UGCAGAUCCUAUUCAGUCUCGAAUCAGACGCGCUGCGAGACACAUCCAUCUCUCCCAGUUGGUGCAUAGCCGUGGUGUUGUGGUGUCACUUUUGUCCAAGAAGUACCAAGAAGUGUGCUUUAAGUGAUUUAAUGGUGAUCUGUGUAAGCGAAGUUUUCGGAACAAAUUGCGACGAAUUUCCGGAUUAUGUGUGAGGUUCAGUGAGUUCAGAAGAGAAUUGUCCAUGUUCUAAAAGAGUGCGUGCUAGAAUGUGAUGCAGAAGGCUGACUUGACUUGACCUUCCCAAAUACGACUACGGAUUCAGCUAGAAGAAAGCCACGCGACCCAUGAAAAGUGAAAAAGCAAAACAAACCAAACGCAAAAGCCUCAAAGCCAGAAGAGAAGUCAAAACAUGUCCAACUCGGUCCACUAGCAGCCGUUGGUAAAGGUUGUCCCAAGUGAACCAUACUAGGAGUUUCCAGUGCAGUGAUGUGAGAGCGCUUAUUAUCUGUGAGGAAAGUGUCGGGCAUUGUAAAAGUUUAGAAGACACGAAACGGAGAAAACUCUCUGUCGCGCUUAAAAGAAAAGCUUUUAUUGUAACCAAAACUACUGAAACCAGCAAACUUACCAAACGGGAAGCAAGUGCAUUGCCCUUGAGUGGCUCGAACGCGCAGAGUUUUGAGCCAGAAGCUGAAAAUUAGAUUUUGUUUUAUUGGAGCUAUCAAUUCAGGGAGAGAGACGCCCGUUUGGUGAGAAUGGCGAUAGAUGUCGCCAAAAGAUGUUGGGUUGCAGCAUUGGCGUUAGUGCUAAGCCUUUCGGGCAUCAAUGCAGGCGAACGAUGGUCCCGACAGCUGACGGACUACGGAAAUGUGCAAGGCAGUGACUGGAUUCCUCUGUCGCGACCUGGAGAUAGACAGGCAGGUGCUAAAGUACUGAAUUACUUUGACAACACUGGAUUCCUGGGAAAUGAUAAUAGUGCUCAACCACAGCACCAUCAAUUCUCGUACGUUAACCAGCCUUUUGGAGCACAAGCCAGCAGGGUGGUUUUCCCACCGCCUCCAGUCGCUCAACCUCUUCAACAAGAAUUGGAACCGGCGUUCAAUCAACCUUUUGGCAGUCAUCAAUCCUUUAUCCAACAUCCACCUUUUGGAGGAGUGCAGACUAUCCAGAGACAUCCGCUGCCAGCGUUUAACCCACAGUUACCGAAGGAAAAUCUAGUCCAAGAGAAGCCAUCCCUAGUUGAACAUCAGUUCCAGUUUCCAUCGCAGGUGCAACAGCAAACAACACAUCUGCGGCAACCAUCGUCUGCAGUUCAUCAAGGUCAACCUGCCAACGGAGUGUCUCAAGAAGAAGUUCAACUGCUCUACGUCCCAGUAGAAACACUUUACAAUCAAAAGCAGGCAGCCGAGAAUACUCGCUUCAAUUCAUUGCCUCAACCUGUCAGUGCAUCGCUCAUCAAUGACUUCUAUACGGCAGCGACUACAACGGCUAAGCCGAGAACUACGAAUACUCCAUUCACCACAAAGGUCGCUCCUAGUGCAGCCUUGCCCAGCAAACCAAAGCCAAAUCAACCUCCACUAGCUAUGUUCAUGUACAAUGAUGACAAACAAGCUAAGCUUACAGUGUCAGAUGCCUUAUCAAAUCUGAAGAACGUCAACAACAUUGCCGUAUUGGACAGUCUAAGCAAGAAUCUACCCAAGGUGUUCAUUGGACCAUCUGGACUUGCUCCACCCAAAGGAUACUCCAAAUUUGAGUUGCCAUAUCUCUCCAGCAUUGACCAAAACCGACUUAGUGCCAAGCCUGGAGAUCUUCCCUUUUUCGUAGCACCUCAAAGCUACAAAACUCCCGGUGGAUUCUCUAAAAUUCCGCUUCCUGCUCCGCACGUCGGAUCUGUAAUUGUACAACAACCCUUGAUUCAGUCCAACUACUUCCGUCAGCCGGAAAAUAUUGAAUACUAUCAACCAUCGACACUCAAAUUCACAGACAGCACCACCAAAUCUCCCAUCACUUUGCCUGCCAGCAAGCCUCAAUACGAAUCAGACCACUACACUUCUCCAACCUCGAAACCCACAACCGACAGAACCAACUACAGUCGAGGCAAUACACAAACUCCACAGGAAUCCUAUCGUCAACCGCAAACAGAACGUGCCCUUUUCUCUCACUCUCCAUUCAAUAGCGUUAACACCAACCGACACAUUGUCAACGAAGAAUACUUCAAUUUGGCCAAAACCAAGAAGCCCACAACUCCAAGCCCAACGCAAAGCUACAGUCCCAAGAUCUACAAACCCUUCGACUUCAAACCCAUCCCAGAACAGAAAAUUCCACUUUACCCAGAAGCUAACGACUUUACUACUCAGAGAACCACCACUACUACAGAAAGGCCACACACUUCUCGGCAAGAAGAAAACCGAAUGAAAUCCUUCUUCAAGGAGGAAAACUUCCGCAAUCGACGACCCUACACACAGAGUACCGUCUCUACUCCAUACGAAGAACAAGAAGUCACACAACCUAUUCGUUCCAGCCACGAAAACGAAGGACAGUUUGUCCACAAGUUCAAAUUGGUAGAUUCUGUACGGCCUCAAACCACACCGGCAACCAAAUCCGUGAUUGACAACGCCUUCCUUGAUUUCUUCCAACAGGACAAUCACGACACGCUCAAAACCGUUGUUUCAAACCAACCGGCAAGCGGAGCCCAGCAGGUCAUUCGAAACAACUAUUUCUCUCAGAACAGCAACGAUGAACCCCCGAAACAGAAGUUUGUCAGCACGUACUAUGCCCCGACUACCACUUCCACGACUUUGGGUACGACCACUCCGGCAGGAUCUUCAACCGCGCAAGAUUCCUUCUUCAAGGAGUUCGAUGAGAAGAGCAAACAAUACGAACCGGAGGUUACACGAUUCCCACAAAGUCGCCUGCAAAAUCAAGAAUCGUUCCUGAACCGCUUCACCGAAACUACAUACACCAACAAGUACAAAUACGAAACGAACACCGACGAUGCGCACUAUCCAGUCGAAGUCGUCACCACCCAGGAACCAAUCAGACAGGACACCUCCAACGACGUCACAAUUCCUCCAUCUGAACAGUCGUACAGCAUUCCAUCGGAACUGCCACCGAUUAGCGCCAACUUGCCAGGUUUGGUAAAUUCUCUCAUGGAAGACGAAUGGCCGCACAAGAAGGGCGAACAAGAUUCUUCACCACCUGCCACCACUAAAGGACACUUCCGGAAGCAGAUCCACCGCACCACUGAACCAACCACCACUCUAGAACCAUACACCUCGGAAAUCACGACUCGCCGCACUCGCGGACGACGCCCUACAACUUCCAGCUCUUCCAAUUACGACUCCGCAACUCCUACUCGAGCUACCACCGUCAACCGAAGCCGAUCACGGUACGUCGCAGCUGACGGCGAACGGUCCAGCGGCCGAACCAGAACCAGAAGCCGACCUCAGAGCAGCUCUUCUCGCAAUGCAAAGGAAGAGGAAAAUCUCGAAUAUCAACGUGACGUCCUUAAACAGAACUAUCCAGUCAUCCGACCAACUUCCGGAGGAGUAACAACCACCACAACUACGCCAGCACCACCACCACCAACCACAAGCACAACUACAACCCACGCGACCACCAUGCCGGUGACGUACCAACAGAUAUACGAAGAACAAACCGAACGUUUCAAUCCGUACUACUCUUCGCCGGAACCUCAGAACUACUCUGAGGAGCCAGUCAAAUACGAAGAAGUGUCCAUCCCCAAGAAGGACUCCUACACCGAAAACUACUACGAACCUGAAAUAACCACUACGUUGCCGCAUACUACCUACAAGCAACAAUACAGCCCAGAACCAACGACGGAAGAAAUCGACGAUGAAUCUGUGCGCGUCCUACCAGUUGACCAUCCGGUUGAACAGAAGCGGGAGCAACCCGUCGAAAUCCAGCGUGAAAAACCAGCCACGGCCAUUCACGCUCAACUACCACGAAGGCAACCAGCCCGACAACCUGUCUACCAGCUACCAGAAGAGCAACACCCUUCGGUAACCUCCUCGUACAACAGCCACGAAGACGAAAUGGAAAUCCGCAAGGUGGAAAUCACUCCGCGACCCCGAAGACCACUGUCCCGACAACCAGUCUACUCGCCCAGAACUACGGCCCAUACGGAGCGACCGACCACGGAACGUACCACGACCGAACUACCACCGUCAGCAUCCUCGUCCAGAGGGUCAUCUGUCCAGCGGCGUCCAGCGUUCGUACGGCGACCGGCAAGACCGCUGUACACGACGACCCCUGCUCCGACGACGACCUACUCCAGCCGAGGCGUGUCCACCACCGGCGACGACGAACAGCCCACGCAAGGAUCUUACACCGUGCGUCCCAAGAGUCGCCAGGACGUUCUCCGCGGAAGAACCCGACGGCCAGUGACGACAAGCGCAGCCACCACUACCACCGCUUCUCCAGAGCCUCCGGUCACUAGAGGGUUUGCGAGAAACAAGGACCUGAGAAGGGUGUCUCCGACCAGUCGAUCUAGACAAGAACUACGAGAACGCGAACGUGACCAACGCGAACAACCCACAGAAACGACGACAACCCAACCGCCGCGAUUCCGCAUCCGAGAGCGUACGCGCUUCAACCUACAGCCGCAGGAAUCGCAAUGGUCAACCAAACUGACGCAGAACUCAUUCCAACCGGUGCAGGACAUUGAGUCGCGCGGCAAGAACUACGAGGGGGAACGAACGGCCACCGAGCCGGAAAUUGAAAUUGUUACCGCUAGUGCACUGCAGCAGAAUGAGGAAGACGUUCAGCUGAUCAGUGUGUCGGCCAAUAUGGCAGGAGGACCUACGGCGCCAGCUGUACGAGAAAGGGACCAACGCAACGACAAGCAUGGAAACGAUGUUCUGUUGAAGGAGGUGGAACUCAGCCAGGAGCCGCCGCAAGCGGAAGAGAACGAGGAGAAUAGCAACUCCCCCUCAUUUGCCGAACUGCUCAACGACGUGAUGAAGGAGUACAUGGACAGUAAUCUGCAGCAGGGCGAAACGGACAAGAAGCCCGUUGAAAACGAAGUACUGCUUGAAGAGACGAAACCCGUUACCAGCAAGUCGCAGCGUGGUUCCAGCGAACGAAACCCCUACAAUGCUCGGGCCAACUUCCGCAAGCGAGGCCGUUCCCACGUGGUUGAAGCAUUCGAAGCUGCCGAGUCGCAGCACAUCAACAGCCACGUGUACAACACGGCCGGAUUCGAAUCGCUCAAGACCAUCGACAAGGCUGCCCUGCAAGGCAAGAACGUCAACGAAGCUAAAGGCAGCAGAGUGGUAGAGGAAGUCACAACGACGACUACAACCACGACGACGGAAGCACCAGUGACUGAUCUUCCGGAAACGACAACGUUUGGUGCUCAAGACACUACUCCACUCUACGAAACCACAUCGAUUCUGCCCACGGAAAGGGAAGUUACCACUGCCGUUCCAACGCUGGAAGCACAAUCCGAAAACGACGAACAUCAGUUUUCGACGGAGCAGUUCUACGACGACGAACAAGACCAAGUUGAUGAUGAACCAGAAGAUCAUCAGCAGGGAAUUUUCGACGACGUGAAGAAACAGCUUUCGGAUUUGUUCGCCAUGGCUGAAAAUGAUCCCGAAACGGAAGAAAUUGAAGACGAUGAAGAACAGUACAGGCCUCUAGCCAUGGGCAGCUACCACGAUGUAGAGCAAGGAAGUACAGAAAAUCCCAUCACGAGCACAGCGAUAUCUUCGGAUGCGGCUGCGAGCGAAAACCGGCAAGAACCGGUGACGGAAGUGGCCGCCAAAAGCGCCAACGACGAUGCCAUGGGCCCGAUGGCCAUCCCAACGUCCACCUCCAACGGAAUCACGCAUGAAACCGAAAUCUGCUACCGGGGGCGAUGCAUCAAAACCGACGAGAAGAAACCCAAAAAGAGCAAGCUCAAACCGAACUGAGCUCGGGGGGUAAAAGUUUAGUCUUUAGUAUGAAUAGGUCUUUCCUGAGACUCUAACUCACACUUUCACUAUCACUAUCCUGAAACCGAAUCCGAACCCAUCUCUCUAUCUUUGUAGUAGUAGUUAGUGUUCUUUUUUGUAAAGAGAAACGUUACGACUUAUUUAUUUGUAAUAUAAUAAGGGUAGAAAUUAACGAGACAAUAAACAGUGAAAACUUAA